GUGACACCCCCACACCCCCCGGCCGGGGAGCGGCGGGAGCGAUCCCGAGCGAUCCCGAGCCCUGUCCCGCUCCCGCUCCUAGCUCGGCCCCCAUCCCGGUCCCGGCCGUCCCAGUGGCCGCCAUGGCAGAGCAGGAGAGUUUGGAGUUCGGCAAAGCCGACUUCGUGCUGAUGGACGCCGUCACCAUGCCCGAGUUCAUGGCGAACCUCCGGCUGCGCUUCGAGAAGGGCCGGAUUUACACCUUUAUCGGGGAGGUGGUUGUCUCCAUGAACCCUUACAAGAACCUGAACAUCUACGGGCGGGACACGAUCGAGCAGUACAAGGGCAGGGAGCUCUACGAGAGGCCUCCCCACCUCUUUGCCAUCGCUGAUGCUGCUUACAAAGCCAUGAAGAGACGAGCCAAAGACACCUGCAUUGUCAUCUCAGGUGAAAGCGGGGCUGGGAAAACUGAGGCCAGUAAAUACAUAAUGCAGUACAUAGCAGCCAUCACCAACCCCGGGCAGAGGGCUGAGGUGGAGAGAGUGAAGAACAUCCUGCUGAAAUCCAACUGUGUGCUGGAGGCCUUUGGCAACGCCAAAACAAACCGCAACGACAAUUCCAGCCGCUUUGGAAAGUACAUGGACAUCAACUUUGAUUUCAAGGGAGACCCCAUAGGGGGGCACAUCAAUAAUUACCUGCUAGAAAAGUCCCGUGUGAUCGUGCAGCAGCCCGGGGAGCGAAGCUUCCACUCCUUCUACCAGCUCCUGCAGGGAGGUUCUGAGCAGCUCCUGCGUUCUCUGCACCUCCAGAAGGAUGCAUCAGCCUACAGCUACAUCUGCCCUGGGGCACAGCUCAAGUGUUCCAUCAAUGACGGGGCUGAGUUCAAGGCAGUCGCUGAUGCCAUGAAGGUGAUUGGCUUCAAGCAGGAGGAGAUUCAAACUGUCUACAAAAUCGUUGCAGCCAUUCUGCACCUGGGGAACCUGAAGUUCUGUGUGGAUGGAGACACUCCCAUCAUCGAGAACAGCAGGGUGGUGUCCGUCAUCGCGGAGCUCCUGUCCACCAAGGCCGAGCUGGUGGAGAAGGCGCUGCUGUUCCGGACGGUGGCCACAGGCAGGGACGUCAUCGACAAACAGCACACGGAGCAGGAGGCCACCUACGGCAGGGACGCCUUUGCAAAGGCCAUUUACGAGCGUCUCUUCUGCUGGAUUGUGACACACAUCAACGAUGUCAUCGAGGUGAAGAACUACGACACCACAGUGCAUGGCAAGAACACAGUCAUUGGGGUCCUGGAUAUCUAUGGCUUUGAGAUAUUUGACAAUAACAGCUUUGAACAAUUCUGCAUUAAUUACUGCAAUGAAAAGCUGCAGCAGCUCUUCAUUCAGCUGGUUCUAAAGCAGGAGCAGGAGGAGUACCAGCGAGAGGGAAUUCCCUGGAAGCAUAUUGAUUACUUCAACAACCAGGUUAUCGUGGACCUGGUGGAGCAGCAGCACAAAGGGAUCAUUGCCAUUCUGGACGAUGCCUGCAUGAACGUGGGGAAAGUCACGGAUGAGAUGUUCCUCGAGGCCCUCAACAACAAACUGGGGAAGCACGCACACUUCUCCAGCAGGAAGCUUUGUGCCACAGACAAAACGCUGGAGUUCGACAGAGACUUCCGGAUCAAGCACUACGCCGGGGAUGUGAUUUACUCUGUCGUUGGAUUCAUUGAUAAAAACAAGGACACUUUAUUUCAAGAUUUCAAACGCCUCAUGUACAACAGCUCCAACCCUGUGUUGAAGAUGAUGUGGCCUGAGGGGAAACUGAGCAUCACUGAGGUCACCAAGAGACCUCUGACAGCAGCUACUCUGUUCAAGAACUCCAUGAUUGCCCUGGUGGACAACCUGACACUGAAGGAGCCGUACUACGUGCGCUGCAUCAAGCCCAACGACAAGAAGUCCCCUCACCUCUUUGACGAGGAGCGCUGCCGGCACCAGGUGGAGUACCUGGGGCUGCUGGAGAACGUGCGCGUGCGCCGCGCCGGCUUCGCCUACCGCCAGAGCUACGAGAAGUUCCUGCACAGGUACAAGAUGAUCUCUGAAUUCACUUGGCCCAACCACGAUCUGCCCUCAGACAAGGAGGCUGUGAGGAAGCUCAUCGAGUGCCACGGCUUCCAGCACGACGUGGCCUACGGCAAGACCAAGCUCUUCAUCCGCACGCCGCGCACGCUCUUCACCCUGGAGGAGCUGCACGCCAAGAUGCUCGUCAGGAUCGUCCUCUUCCUGCAGAAGGUGUGGAGGGGCGCGCUGGCCCGGCUGCGCUGCCGGCGGGCGCGGGCGGCGCGGAGCAUCGCGCGGCACUACCGGCGCCACAAGGUGCGCGCCCACCUGCGCGAGCUCCUGCGGCGCUUCCGCGGCGUGCGGCAGCUGCCCGACCGCGGCCGCUCCAUCCCCUGGCCCGCCCCGCCCAAGGUGCUGCUCCGCUUCCAGGAGGCUCUGCAGGACAUCUACCACAGGUGGAGAGCAGCCGAGCUGAUCCGGAGCGUGCCCCCAGAGCUGCUGCCUCAGCUGAGGGCCAAGGUGGCUGCCAUGGAGCUGCUGAAGGGCCACAGGGCUGACAUUGGCCUCCAGAGAGCCUGGCAGGGCAACUACAUCGCACUGAAACCAGGCAGCCCCCAGAGCUCAGGCUCCUUCACGCCCGUGGCCAACGAGCUGAAGCGCAAGGACAAGUACAUGGACAUCCUCUUCUCCUGCCACGUGCGCAAGGUGAAUCGCUUUAACAAGGUGGAGGACAGGGCCAUUUUCAUCACUGACAGACACCUGUACAAGAUGGACCCCAUGAAGCAGUACAAGGUGAUGAGGACCAUCCCCCUCUACAACCUGGUGGGGCUGAGUGUCUCCAAUGGGAAGGACCAGCUCGUGGUGUUCCACACCAAGGACAACAAGGAUCUCAUCGUUUGUCUCUUCAGCAAUGACACCUCCAACGACAGCAGGAUCGGGGAGCUCGUGGGAGUCCUGGCCAGUCACUUCAAGAGGAAUUCUGCAAUGAUUACAGGCAGCAAUUUGAAGGCAGCUGCUUCUUCCCUGAGAGGAGUCAUGGGAAGAUGCAUCCACCCAGUCAGGGAGAAGCGCUCCCUGCACGUCUCUGUCACCAACCCGGUGCAGUGCAGCCUGCAUGGCAGGAAAUGCACCGUGUCCGUGGAGACCAAGACCAACCAGCCCCAGCCGGAUUUCACCAAGCACCGCUCCGGCUUUGUGCUCUGUGUGCCGGGCAAUUAACGGCCCCUCCCCUCGGAGCGGGGCCGGGCUCGCCCUCCCCGCCCCGGGACGCGCCGGGAUUCACCGGGAGAUGCUCGGCAGCAACUUGCCAGGUGCCUAAAGCAGCCUCUGAAGCUCAAGGUUUGGAAAACCCAAGUUCCAGGGGUUUAGAAAAGCCAAAUUCUCAUGGAAUGAAGACCUGAAAUAGCCAGUGACCGGUUCUCCACAUCACAAACCAGGCUGGAACGUCAGGAGAGUGCUUCCUUUGGAAUUAGUCUGAAAAAAAGAGUUUCUAGGUACUUCCACCCCUUCUUCUCUUUCCCACAUUGAUGCCUCACCCCCUCUCCAGUUCUCCCUUCCACGUUCCUUUCCCUUGUGUCAGUUUUUGCAGUUUGAUGCAGCCUCCAGAGGAGGAACCAAAGAUACCCAGCUCAGGGAGUCAGGUUCUGUAGGGCCAGAUCCCCACGGAACCAGAGCCAGGCUGGGAAGGGAGGGCUGCCUUCCACACUCCACACUCCUCUAGCCCCCAGGGCCUGGGAAGGUUCAUGGAGAUGCCUCCAGAACUGCUGGUUUCCCUCGGGAAUUCACCAACCCAUCGAGGCAUCUUGGCUGGGACUCCCCAGUGCAGGCCUGGAUUCAUUAAUCCUGCAUUGCUUUCUGCCUUAAUUACCCCCUCCAAGGGCCUGAAGCCGGUGGUUCCCUUGGGGACCAUGUGGCCUUGCUGAAUUUUGGAUGAACCACAUGGCUUUGUGUCUGUGCCAGCGCUGGGGUUAGGGAGGGCUGGGGUGAGCCCAGGAACAGGGGGAGCUUUGGGGGGCCAAGCUUUGCACUAUCCAACAUUAACCUGGCACAGCCCCAGCUGCCAGCACCGGGCUCCUCCCUCCAAAGAGUUUUCCUGGCUCUUCCCAGCAGUGGGCUGUGGGUGUUGGGGUGUUGGGCUCGUCCUGCCCAGCCCAGAUAACCCCGAGCUCUGUGUUGGUGGAGGGGUAUGGAUCUCCUCAGUGGUUUAUUCCCCAGGAACCCUGCUGUGGUUCCUGAGCAGCCCAGGCUGGUGGGAUUGUGCAUUGGGAUUGUCCUGGCACUGCUGGUCAGGUCAGGAUUCCCAGCCCUGGAGAUGGGGGAGCUGAGUGGUGACCCCACCUCGGGGUCCCAGCCCAGCCAGCAAAGGGGAGCACUUGUUUGAUGGAGCAAUUUGGGAAUUAGAAAGCCUGGAAGAGGCUCCUCACUCACAAAAUAUUUCCUGAAGCCGUGCCAUGGACCUGGGGCACGGAACAGGUCACUGCAGCCUUGGUGUCCCACUGGCACCCCCGAGACCAGUGAGGGACAGGGAUGUGGAGCAUGAAUGAACUGGGACAAGCCCAUGCACGGGGAGGCCCCAUGGCAGAGCUCUCCCAUUCCCAUUGUCCCUGGCCUCAGAGCAGCCCUGGGAACAUCCAGCCUCGAGCUCCCCUCUCAGGGUGCAGCUCUGGGAUGUCUGGAGGGUCCCCGUGGGCCGGGGCUCCUCCAGACCCCCCAGCCCCGAGGCAGCACCAGCGCUGGGCCAGGAGGUGACACCGGCACCCCCGACCCCGCCAGGCUCACACAACACCCCGGGACCACCCCGGCACCUCCACGGACCCUCCAGUGCCUCCUUGGACCCCAGAUCGGCUCCUCUGGAGGAGCGACACCGAUGCCAAAGGCCGGGACCCGCCCGCCGAGCCGGAGCGCCCGGCGUGGCUGCGCCUUCGGAUUUGCACUUCUCGCCUCCUGUCCUGGUGCAAACGUCCCGCCCCGGGCGGGUGCUGGGGGUGGGAUCAGCACUUUUGUACCCUUGUCCCUCCAGAAGAAUGGUUGGAUGGAAUUGGGAUGGACGGCAACGAAUUGCAGGCUUGGGGAAUUUCUCCUACCAUGAGAUGGCAAUAUUGUAUGUGAUGCGAUGUGUCUUAUUAUCUGUUCCUGCUCUGGUUUUUUAUAUAUAUAUAUAUAUUAAAAUAUAUAUAUAAAAAUAUAUAAAAUAGAUAUAUUCUUGAUUUUCCCAUAAAUUAACUGUUUCUAAAUUGAAACUUGGAUUCUCAGCCGAGGGCGAUAAUGCAAUGAACCCUUUUUUUUUUUAAUAAAUCGCUGAUAUUUUAUGUGUAAAAGAGCAUUAAAAAACCCUGUUAUAACGGACCUGGAUUUUGUUUACAUAAUUCACCGUAAUAAAUAAUAAAAGAAAGCAAUUAGUUGCA